AUGGUCGGAGGAUCCCAUCAGGCUGCGGUGGCCCACGGUCUAGGAGGCCGCGCCUGCAGUGGUUUGGCGCCCAAGCCACGGGCUCUGCGUGACCCCUGCCUCUGCUUGUCCCCCACGCAGGCCAUCGUUUAUGAAGGCCAGGACAAGAACCCAGAGAUGUGCCGCGUGCUGCUGACCCACGAGAUCAUGUGCAGCCGGUGCUGCGACAAGAAGAGUUGUGGCAAUCGGAACGAGACGCCCUCAGACCCUGUAAUCAUUGACAGAUUCUUUCUAAAGUUCUUCCUCAAGUGCAAUCAGAACUGCUUGAAGAAUGCAGGCAACCCUCGGGACAUGCGGAGGUUCCAGGUCGUUGUAUCGACAACAGUCAACGUGGACGGCCACGUGCUGGCCGUGUCUGACAACAUGUUUGUGCACAACAAUUCCAAACACGGGAGGCGGGCCCGCCGCCUAGACCCGUCAGAAGCCACUCCGUGCAUCAAGGCCAUCAGCCCCAGUGAAGGCUGGACCACGGGGGGCGCCACUGUGAUCAUCAUCGGGGACAACUUCUUUGACGGUCUACAAGUUGUAUUCGGAACCAUGUUGGUGUGGAGCGAGCUGAUAACCCCCCACGCCAUCCGAGUGCAGACACCUCCGCGGCACAUCCCUGGCGUUGUGGAAGUCACCCUCUCCUACAAGUCUAAGCAGUUCUGCAAAGGUGCUCCUGGGCGCUUUGUCUACACCGCUCUUAAUGAGCCAACCAUAGAUUACGGCUUCCAGAGGUUGCAGAAAGUGAUACCCAGACAUCCAGGUGAUCCCGAAAGGUUACCCAAGGAAGUGUUGCUGAAGAGGGCAGCAGACCUUGUGGAAGCCUUGUACGGGAUGCCUCACAACAACCAGGAGAUCAUCCUGAAGAGAGCGGCUGACAUCGCUGAGGCAUUGUACAGUGUUCCCCGCAAUCACAACCAGAUCCCCACAUUGGGCAACACACCCGCACACACCGGCAUGAUGGGCGUGAACUCCUUCAGCAGCCAGCUCGCUGUUAACGUGUCAGAGACCUCACAAGCCAAUGACCAAGUCGGCUACAGUCGCAAUACAAGCAGCGUGUCCCCGCGAGGCUACGUCCCCAGCAGUACUCCCCAGCAGUCCAAUUACAACACAGUCAGCACUAGCAUGAAUGGAUAUGGAAGUGGCGCCAUGGCCAAUCUAGGGGUCCCUGGCUCGCCUGGAUUUCUUAAUGGCUCCUCCGCUAACUCUCCCUACGGCAUAGUGCCGUCCAGCCCCACCAUGGCAGCCUCUUCGGUCACCCUCCCUUCAAACUGUAGCAGCACACACGGCAUUUUCUCAUUCUCACCUGCCAAUGUCAUCUCCGCAGUGAAACAGAAGAGCGCUUUUGCGCCCGUGGUCCGGCCCCAAGCCUCGCCUCCUCCUUCCUGCACCAGCGCCAACGGGAACGGACUGCAAGCUAUGUCUGGGCUGGUAGUCCCGCCCAUGUGAGGGACUCUGUUUACCUUCACAGCACCCAGCAUCCAAGGACGGACUUCAGGGGACACAUGUAGUGUGCUAAGACAUGCUGAUGGAAACGAUACCUUCAAAACUAAUCAUCAGCAGCGGUUGAAUGCUACAAAAGACAUUUAAAGAUUUUAUUUAAACUGUUAAGAACCAACACGCGAACAAAGCCUACUUCUUCAUGAACAAUUCCAUUUUAUUGACUGAACUUUUCUCAUAUUUUCACAUUUCUCAGUCCUGAAGAUUAAGGAAAACAAAGCGACGCCUAUUUUGUAUAAAGUUUCUGAUUCCGUCUUGGCUGUCUAGUGCGUGCUAUCUGUGUGGGGAGAAGCUUCGUGAAUAUGCACCAUUUUGAUGCCCAUGCAACACUGAGGAAGGAAAGCCUCGAAACAUUUUUCUGUACUCAUAUUUAGAUUCACAAUGGUUGUGUAUCUCUAUAAUGUGAAAUAUUUUUUUGUGGUGAAAAAAAGGGGGCCAAGGAGGUAUGAGCCAUUAACUGGAACAGAGGAGGA